ACGGAGGACCGGCAGGCAGCAGGUGGGGAGUCAUGCAGCUUGAUGAGCAGCAGACACUUCGGGCUGAGCCGGAGAGAAGAAACAAGCAGAGACUCCUCAUCUGUCCCCGCAGCGGCACUAACUGCUCUAAUCUCUGGAUACGGACAGCUUUCAGGGAGAGACCCCACGGACAUGCUUCCUCCGUCUGCAUCCGCCGGUAAACGGGACGCCGGUGAAUAACACUCGCAGUGUUAUUCGCCGGAUAAAUGACUUGAGAAACUCUCGUCGAAGUCAGCGGACAGAGAAAGCGGCUGUAUGGGAGAUGAAUGUGACCGGGAAACAGCAACCUGAGCUGAUCGAGCGACCCGCCAGCCUCCUGGUUCCCACUUCGACAAAAUCUGGAAUUGCUUUGCUGUACAAUGAGGAGACCAACAAUACCUAUGAUGUCUGCCUGAAAUUGACCAAAGAGGUAUUAACCAUACAGAAGCUGGAUGUGGUUUGCACAAGUGGAAGUGAAACCCAAGUAAAUCACAGAACUGUUGUACUGCGAAGACAAGCGACUGGCGGUCUGGGCUUAAGCAUCAAAGGAGGUGCAGAGCACAAUGUGCCAGUGGUUAUUUCAAAGAUUUUUAAAGAUCAAGUAGCUGAUCAGACGGGGAAGCUGUUCGUCGGGGACGCUGUGCUGCAGGUCAAUGGCAUAAAUGUAGAACAUUGUACUCAUGAAGAAGUUGUUCACCUCCUGCGUACUGCAGGAGAUGAGGUCACCAUCACCGUCCGCUACCUGCGAGAGGUUCCAUCAUUUCUCAAACUGCCUCUAGGUUCUCCAGGCCUGGAUCACAGCCGGGUAUCCUCCCCACUGUUUGACAGUGGCUUACAUUUAAAUGGAAACGGAAACAACACAGCUCCGUCGCCCCCUUCGCCCUCAGCUAAUGAACCAAAGUAUGAGAAGCGCUGGCUGGAUGCCGUCUGCCUGCCCUUGUUGAUGGCCAGAGUCUCCAGAUACAAAGCUGGCACAGAUAAAUUAAGGUGCAACUGUUUUGAAGUCUUUGCCUUGGAUGGAGCCAGCACCAAUAUUCUUCAAUUUUGCACCGCAGCAGAAAGCACAGACUGGCUUCAAGCAAUAUCUACAAAUAUCAAUGACUUGACGCAGGAGAACAUAAAGCUAGUGAACAAAUACUGCUCUUCGGAUGAUCAGAUCGUUCACAUGGGCUGGGCGUGUGAAAGCCCUGAGGGCAGCACUGCUGGUCCAACUUCAGUAUUCAAGUUCCUGGCACUGAGAGGACCAUAUUUUUAUAUCUUCAGAAGUCCCCCGAUCAGUGCUGCUGACUGGGGACAAGCUGAAACAACAUAUAACCUCUAUGAGGUUCUUUUCAAGGUUCACAAGCUGUGGAUGGCGGAAGACUGCUGGCUCCAGGCGAGGCUUUACUUGGGGCUGGAGCAUUCGCCUGAGCAGCAGGACAAUGAGUCUCUGUGCUUCAGUAUUCUGGUCGGCCACGGCCAGAGCCACACCUUCAGAGUAGAGCUGGCCAGUGACCUGGCGAUCUGGGAGAAGUCCUUCCAAAGAGCCGUCUUUUUGGAAGUGCAGCGAAUACGAUCUAAAAGCUACAUGUGCAGCAGCCAGGGGAAUGUACUAUGCUUCACCAUAGAUUUUGGAUCAGGCUUCACCUGCUCAGAAGGCACUUCAAAGACCGUACUGUGGCGAUAUAAGUUCUCUCAACUUAAAGGCUCCUCUGAUGAUGGGAAAACCAGGGUAAAACUCCUUUUCAAGAACGCUGAGAGCAAACAAAUAGAAAUGAAGGAACUAGAGUUUGCUAAUCUGACAGCCGUCCUCCACUGUAUACAUUCUUUUAUCGCUGCCAAAGUGGCCUCCGUGGACCCUCUCUUUAUGUGCAGUCAAAGCUUCUCUGGAAAUUACAUGAACAGUUAAGAAGAAAUGUCCUCAUCUUGAUGUGCACCUGAGGCGAAUCAGCAGUAUUUUAUGCACAGAGCCAACUGAUAUGUACAUCUUGUUCUUGCUAUUUUUGUAUGAACUACUGAAAAAGACAUAUUUGUAAAUGACUGUAGAAGUAGAUAAUGUAUAAAUACCUGAUGGAAAGAUAAUGUUAUUUAAUUUUGGAGAAGCAGAGAUAACAAAGUUGAAAAAGAUUUACAGUUCUUCCAUUUCUUUAAGAUUUUUUCUUUCAUUUCAUUAUGGACAGAGAUUUAAGGUAGCACGUGGUGUUUAACUGCCAGACAUACGACAUCAUACCACCAAAUAUAACAACCGGAGACUGUGUUUAUCAAAAAAUCCAUAAAGAAUUUAAACUCUGCCAACAAAUGUAUUUUAACUGGUAAAAUGAAUCUGACGCUGGCUUCAUGUCAUGCCUGAAUUGACAUUUGCCACAGAUCUUCAACAAGGAUUUUGUUUCCUUUAAACUCACAGUUGAACAGUUUUGGCAGUGUGUCUGUGAACAGAGUGAAAAUAACACAAACACUUACAAUAUAAUGUAGACUAAUAAGGCUUCCAAAACCCACUGAACUGAGUCAGCGCCCCUCUGAUAUGGGCCCAAUUGAAAUAAACAUAAGCUUUUGCGUCACAAAACCAGCAUUUGUGCCAGGCCUGCUUUAUUAACUUGGAUUACGUUGUAAGCUGUUUGUGUUAUUGUGUUCAACUUUUGUAUCUAAUCAAGGCAAAAGCAUUUUGUCUGUCUAACAAGGACAUUUCAGCUUCACAGUAUUAAAGACCAAUUUUAUCAAGUCUCAUUCUAUUACAGUGAAAAAAUACUGUAUGCCUUCUGUUGCUUUAUGUAAUGGUUUCAGUGUUCAAUUACAUAUUUGCUGUAUUUUCAAUAAAUUGCUUCCAAAGCAUUCCUGUCCGUUAUAAAAGAAAUGUAACAGUCUGCUGCAGGCUUGUAUGCAUCUGUUUUAUAAGUGCUGGGGUGGCACUGAAUAUAAGUUUUGCUUAACUGCUCAUCUCCUUCUUAUCCCUGUUUUCAUAUCCUUGUUGGUGCUGAAUGCAAAACACAAGUUGUCUUUCUUUUCCAGAAGACCUUUGCAGGCUGGAGGUCAUUUUGCCUUUCUGGAUGAGUCCGUUCCAGUCAUUAUCUGGAAUCAAAUGAGCUGGACUGCAGCACAGUACGCAUCCAGUGAAGUGCUUAUACCGUCCAAGUGAUUCUAUCAUCCCACUUGGUGCAUACCAUCAGCGAAAGGUUUAUUUUAAGGCAAUAAUUCUGAAAAACAUGCUUAUGAUUUGCUGUUUUGAUGGAAGUUUGUUUUUGACGUAGUAUGUCUUGAGUUUUGUCAGUAUACACUACCGUUCAAAUGUUUAAGGUCACUUAGAAAUGUCCUUGUUUUUGAAAGAAAUGCAUUUUUUCUAAUCAAGAUAACAUUAAAUGAAUCAGAAAUACAAGCUAGACAUUGCUAAUGUGAUAAAUGACUAUUCUAGCUGGAAAUGGAUGAUUUUUAAUGGAACAUCUACAUAGGGGUACAGAGGAACAUUUCCAGCAACCAUCACUCCUGUGUUCUAAUGCUACAUUGUGUUAGCUAAUGGUGUUGAAAGGCUAAUUGAUGAUUAGAAAACCCUGGUGCAGUUAUGUUAGCACAUGAAUAAAAGUGUGCGUUUCCAUGGAAAACAUGUCUGGGUGACCCCAAACCUUUGAACUUUAGUGUUUAUAAGUUAGCUAUAGUUGUUCUUGUGAUUCAUAUGAAGUGACCACUGCAACACUGCAACUUCCUGUUAAACUACUGCACAACCUUCCUAUCAAACUAUCUACUGAACUAGUUAGAGAACUAUUGAAUUAUCUUCUGAACCACCUACCCACUAGGUUAUCAAACUACCAACCAAACUACCUGACUACCAAAUUACCCAAAUACCUCCCCAGUUACCCAUCAAUCAACCUACAAAGCUCUCUACCUACUAAACCAGCAAGCUACUUAACUUCCCAAACUUCAUAUUUACCAGACAUCUGCAAGAAUGAUAUUGAUCUUUUAUCAAACUCUUGGCAAGGAAAUGAAUUAGAGUUCAUUAUGGUCCUUGUCAAAUAACAUGUUAUGGCAGUCAGCGUUACCAAUUUGAUCUCUACAAAAAUAAAUCAAAAUAAGGCCAUAAUAACCUCUUUUUUUCAUCUACAAUAUCUUCAUUUGUAAGGUCACCCCUCCUAUUGCCCUUUUUGCUGUUCUGUUUCCACCUUCCCUCCCCACCACUCCUCAGGUCCCAGCUUUGUUCAAAUAACCCGAUCCAGUGAUCCUGGUGCACCAUUAAGGAGAUGAUCCCUCACCGGUUUCCCACAGGUGGGUGAUCACAGAUUGUGUUUGAUUGGUUGGCCUCAUCCAGCUGUAGAUAUCGCUGUUAAACACUGAACACUGACUUUCUGUACCUACUUUGAGUGAAAUCUAUCAAGUACUUUUGAGUUCUUUUGUUCAGACAUAGAAUGAUUAGAUAGAUGUUAAUUACAUCCUUGACAGUUUCGGCGUCUGAACAAAAGAACUCAAAACUACUGUAUUAACAAGAAGACACGAACGUUUUGGAGCUGAAAUCCAUCAAUUUUCUGUGUAUUUAUUCGUGAUCAUAUUGAGCACCAUUACACAUAGGUAACACCCCAGUAACACAACAUUAUCUCAUACAUACACUACAGUUAAAGUUUGGGGUCACCCAGGCAAUUCCAUGUUUUCCAUGAAAACUCACACUUUUAUUUAUGUGCUAACAUAAUUGUACAAGGGUUUUGUAACCAUCAAUUAGCCUUUCAACACGAUUAGCUAACACAAUGUAGCAUUAGAACACAGGAACACUUAGUAAAUGACUAUUUUAGCUGGAAAUGGGCCUUUGUAUGUAGAUAUUCCAUUAAAAAUCUGCCAUUUCCAGCUAAAAUAGUCAUUUACUAAAUUAGCAAGGUCUAGACUGUAUUUCUGAUUAAUUUAAUGUUGUCUUCCUUGAAAAAACUGCUUUUCUUUCAAAAAUAAAGACAAUUCAACAAGGACAAUUUAAGUGACCCCAAACUUUUGAAUAGUAGUGUACUUUUAAGACAGCUGAAAUACAUUCAGCAGUAAUGUCUCAUUACUUCAUGCCACAUAAAAACUUGAGCCUGAAAGUUAUAAAUGCCGUGAGAUGGUGCUUAAUAAUGACUGAUCAGUUUUGACGUAAACCUGCUCCACUGGUUUCAUACUCACCAGUGUUGACGCUAACCCAGAGUCAGGUGGUUGUAAUGCUCAACAGACAGCGCUGUGACAACCACACCAUGAUGCAGAGAAUAUGUUCACUACCUGCCAUGUUAUUAGACAGUAAUGAACGGACAAUGAAUGCUAGGUUAUUUUGACGUUUAGACCUUGGGAACCUUGUUUGGCUGAUGAUAGUUUGGGCUCAGAAUGACAUGAUUUGACUUAAUUUAAGGAAUACAAAUUAAACCUUAGUAAGUUGAACAGUUAACCAAAUUAAACUAAAUUUAGAAAAGGAGCGUUCUGCAUGCCUCAUUUUCUAUGAAGCACAAUGAAAAAUCCAAAACGUUCUCCCCAUGAUUGCCUACAACUUGUCAUAGCGCAAUUUAAAUGCCUAUAUUUUUAAUUUUUCAGCCUAAAACCUAAACUAACAACCCAACAUGUGUAAUCUAGAGUGUAGAAACUCGACUCUAAAACUGUUUUACUGUUUUAUCUUCUCAGAAGCAGAGUUUCUGACCUUGAGGUCCACAGUGUAGCCACAUCCUUGGCAGUAACAGCCUCAUGUUAUAUGGAAAACUUGAAUUCAACAUGAAAGGUUGAAUUGCUAUUAGGUCUGCUACUAAAGAUGGUUUUUAUCAUUGAUUAGGAAAUGAAUCAUUUCUAGUGUCUAUAUAUCAUUUAAAAUAAAAUAUACAUAUACCCUCUGUAUUUUACCACAUACAUAGAUGAUGUGUUCAUAUGUCUAAUAUUCUCAGAUCACUAGUUCAAACUCUGACACUAUACUAUAUCAAAACAUAACUUGUUGACAUUCAGAAGCUGGGUGCAGCAAAAAUUGUCUAAAAUGAUUGUUUGAUUGUUUUGCCAAGCAGCUCGAAAUGCCUUUCAAAAGAAGCUUGUUUUCUGAGAUCAAUAAAACAUCUGUCCACCACUGA